AUGUCUGCUGCGGCGGGAGUAUCAUUUCUCAUACUCUCACAGGUACUCACCAAAGCAUUCACGUUUGGGUCCAACCAAGUGUUGGUGAGAAAUAUCUCGCCCGAGGUGUUUGGAAUCGCGUCAUACUUGGAGUUUCUAGUGGAAAGUGUGCUUUUUUUCUCGAGAGAGGCCGAGCGAAAUGCCAUUCAACGAGUGGCAGCCCAGCCAGCUAAAGCUCGUCAGAUCAUCACCAACUUUGCCUAUGUGCCGCUUGUUUUGGGGGUUCCCGUGGGUUUGACGACGUUUUUGCUCCAAAAGUCUUCUGCUAUGUAUGCAGAAACCAUUGCUCCGUUGCCGUUUAGUGGCAUUUCAAUCGCGUUGUCUGUGUUUCUGAUCUUUUUGGAAUUGAUAGCUGAGCCUUUGUUUGCAUUGAACCAGUAUCUGUUGAAUUUCAAGGUUCGUUCUAAAAUUGAGAGCUCGGCAGUUUUCAUGCGGUGUUUUAGUACCCUUGCAGCCGUUCUAGCAAGCAAACGCUAUUGUUCUGGAAGAGAAUUUGAUGGCUUGGCUGUGGCGUCGUUUGCCUUGGGCCAGCUAGUGUAUUCCGCCGCAACUUUGAUUGGAUAUUGGGUUCUGGCGUCCUAUAAAGUGGCUAGAGCAGAGAGAGUUGAGGAAAAGGACAAUCUGUACUGGUUGGAACCAGCGACCUUUUCCUUGUGGAAAUCACUCUUUGUCCAGAUGAUAUUCAAGCAUUUGCUCACGGAAGGUGAUCAUCUUGUGGUGAGCUACUUGUUUGAUGUGGCCGAACAAGGGGUGUACUCUGUGAUCGAGAACUACGGAUCCAUUGUGGCCAGACUCCUUUUCCAGCCUAUCGAGGAACUGUUGAGAAUGACAUUCACUCGUAUAUUCUCCAAGAAAGACGCUGAUGUUUCUGCGUCAUAUAAACUCAUGGAGAAUCUUCUAGUGUUUUACGCCAAUUUGUCACUCCUCCUUGUUUUAGCUGGAUACACCAAUGGAGGUUUUCUUCUCCGUCUUCUCUUGGGUAGAAAUGAAAAAUGGAGUGCCUCUUCGGUUUUCGACUAUUUCCCUCAGUAUGUGCUCUACUUACCAUUUUUGGCGUUCAACGGUAUUCUCGAGGGCUUUUUCAGCAGCGCCUCCACCCAGAAACAGAUUGGUACCUUUUCUGUAUUCAUGUCGGUGUCAAGUGCGGCGGUUUUGACUCUUCUGUAUGUUUUGGUUGAAAAGUUUCUGUGGGGCUUGACGGGGCUUAUCGUGGCCAACAUGGCCAACAUGAUGUUGCGUAUCGUGUACUGUUUCGUAUUUCUUGUUGAUUUUUACAAGAAGAACAAUGUCACUACUAAUCUUGCCUCGAUAGUCAAUCGCCUCGCGCUUCCACUAUUGAGUGUUGCCACCACAUUUGGCAUUCAACAGAAGGUUUUUGGACAGAUUCAGUCGAGAACGUUUGUUGAUUUCGUGGAGAGUGCUGGGUUAUGUUUUGUGAGCUUGUUGGUGAUUUUGUAUGGGGAGAGAAAGACGUUGGUGAGUUUAUUGAAGAAGGAAAAGAGAGCAGAGAUAAAGAUAGAAAAAGCUGAGAGGGACGGUCAGAUGGCAGAUGAAGCAGAAAAUUAA